AUCUACUGCAGCAAACGAUAAAAUCUACACCUACUCUUCCAAAUUUAAAUAAUUAUUUUAUUGAUUGUUCAUUUAUGCUACAUCAAUCAAGUUGAUUGAAUUAACUAAUUAAUUCUUUAGUUAUCAAUUUAUUAAUGUGUUUUUAUGAGUUAAAUAAAUCUUUCCCAUUCUCUUAAAAAUUAGAGCAGAGUACAAUGAAUGAUACUUCAUCCUCUAAUUAUGAAAUGCUAAAGGCAUUAUAUGAUUUUGAAGAUACAUCAUCUGAAAGAACCUUAAAUUUUAAAACCCAUGAUGAAUUUUUCAUUUAUCGGGAUAUAGCAGAUAAAAAAAGUUGGUGUCUAGUUAUUAAUAGUAAUGGUGAUCUUGGUUAUGUGCCAUAUAAUUAUGUAAAAACUAUUUAUGUAAAAGAUUCACAUGUGUUACAAUUUUUAGAAAACUGUAUAGCUUUGGUCCAAAAACAAAUUGAUAAUGAUGAUAACUCAUCUGAACGUUUCAAGUUUUAUGAAUCUUUAUUGAGAAGACAAAAGAAAUUUAAACAAAAAACUUUAUACGACACUUUAAAUACUCCUAUAGCAUUCAAAUCUGAUGACAAGUGCAAUCAAACUGAAAAACUUGAAGAACCACAUAUUAAAAUUAAACAAAUUACAGUCCCAGAAGUCUAUGAAAUUGUUCAACAAGUAAGAAAUCACACUGGAUUAUCAUAUAAUUAUUCUCAAGUUGCUGUGUCAGUUGUUGUUCAGUAUUUAUCUGAACUUGUUAAUAAAAAUGUAAAAUCUAGCUUGGAUUCAAUACGGGAUAUCAUUGAUACAUUUCCUCCUACUAGCUCAGUGUUGCCUGAAAAGACUUUGGAAAAUACAAAAGAUGCUCAAAAUAUGCAACAAAUUUUCAAAUAUUUAUCAGAAACAAAAGAAGAUUCACAACAACGGUCUUGGCAAGUUUAUGAUGAUCAUAUUCAAAUUGAAAAUUAUUUAAUAGAAUUGACCAAUAUUUUGAAAAAUGCUGAUCCUAUGAUUACUAAUCAUUUAUUAAAAGUUGAUCAAUUCAGAUCAGUUAAUGAUUUACUGGAUUAUUAUCAAAUGGAACUACGUUGGGUAAUACAAAAACAUUUAUUGGAAGUAUUUACUGAAUUGUGUAAAUUAAACUUUGUUACCAUCGAUAUUAUAUUAAAUUCAGUUUUACCCAUGGAAUUAGCUAGAGAAUUACAAACUAAUCAAGAUAAUAAGUGUAAAAAAAUUUUGCUUGCUGAAUUUCUUACGUUAAUUUUAUCAACGGGUGAAACAUUAUCUAUUUCUUGUUUUGACUACAUGAAUUUUGAUUUUGUGACAAAAAUUCUUGGUGAUAUUGAAAAUUGUAAUUUAGAAGAAAAAUGUGAUGAAAAAAAUACAGAAUGUAUGAUUAAUUUGCUCUUAGCAUUUAAUCUUCAAUUUUCAAAUAUUGAAACAAAUAUAAUAUUGAAAAGUCUAUCUAAUAGAGAUAAUGCUAAAGUUUUUACUGAGAAUUUGUUGAUAUUAUUGAACACUGAAAAAGAUCCUAUUCAAGUUUUGGAGUUAAAAAAAAAACCUAAAAAAGCUGUGGAAAAAAUGUUAAAUGAUAUGUUAGCUGAUUCAAAAACUGCAAAACUUUUUUAUAUGAAUGAUAUAGAAGUACUUGUUGAUAUUCUUUUACGCCGUUUGCUAAAUCUUCCAUCAGAAGAAAGGAUGCGGUCAACUUAUUUAGAACUUUGUAAAAAUGUGAUUUUUAAUACUAAUUAUUUGGAAAGAGGGCAUAAAUUACUAGAUCUCAAUGACUGUCUGAGAGAACUUUUAAGUGAUGAAAGUUCAUGUACCAAAGAACAAGAUGCAUUUAUUAUUAAUCAAAUUUAUUCUAAGUACCCAGAAUCAUUUCAUUGAAUAAACAACAUUUAUUUUAAUAAUUAAAAAAUUAAUCUAUAAUCUAUAUACUUUCCUAUUAUCUUUUAUGAUAAUCAAUUUAUGCAUUGUUGUGCCAAAUAUAACUAAUAAUCUGUUCUAAUAAAAUAUGAAAUUAUUUUUUAGAGUAUUAAUUAUGUUAAAAACAAAUUCUUUUUACAUGUUACUUAACGACCAUUGAAAGAUUUGUUUUUUUAUUAAAUUGUUUUAAUGUUAUUUA